AUGUCUCCUUUACCCCCUGGUGAUCAUCUUGAUGUUAAGGAUCCUGACCCUCUCUUAGUAAUAAUUGCAAGACGUGAAAAGAGUGGCAUCAGAUUUAAGUCGUUCUCUCCUAGGGACGGUAUUUCUAUUACAUCUGUUACAGACGGUGACAAAGAGAUUUGGGAUGCGUCUGGAGAGGAAGAAUGCAUCUUUGCUGAGUUCUCCAUCAGUAGAGACUGUCUAAUGUUAUAUUUGGAAAUUGAGGAUGGCGAGAAAGUUUGGCCCAGAUUCUUUGAGAAAGUUGGUGAGAUGUGGGAAGAAAUAAGCGUAAGGAGAUUUUCCGAUAAUCUGGAAAAGAUAAGGAGUGGAUCUAGUGAGUAA